GGGGAUUCCCGAAGUCUUCCGUUUUCUGAGAAUGUGAGUGCUGUUCAAAGAAUAGACUUUUCAGAUACAAUGGUGCAACAGAAAUUGGAUGAUAUCAAGGAUCGAAUCAAGAGAGAAAUAAGGAAAGAAUUGAAAAUCAAAGAAGGAGCUGAAAAUCUGAGGAAAGUUACAACAGAUAAAAAAAAUUUGGCUUAUGUAGACAACAUUUUGAAAAAAUCAAAUAAAAAAUUAGAAGAGCUACAUCACAAGCUACAAGAAUUAAAUGCACAUAUUGUUGUAUCAGAUCCAGAAGAUGUUACAGACUGCCCAAGAACUCCAGAUACUCCAAAUAGUGACCCUCGUUGUUCUACAAGCAACAAUAGAUUGAUGGCUUUACAAAAACAAUUGGAUAUAGAACUUAAAGUAAAACAAGGUGCAGAGAACAUGAUACAGAUGUAUUCAAAUGGAUCUUCAAAGGAUCGGAAACUCCAUGGUACAGCUCAGCAGCUGCUUCAGGACAGCAAGACAAAAAUAGAAGUCAUACGAAUGCAGAUUCUUCAAGCAGUCCAGACCAAUGAAUUGGCUUUUGAUAAUGCAAAACCUGUGAUAAGUCCUCUCGAACUUCGGAUGGAAGAAUUGAGGCAUCAUUUUAGGAUAGAGUUUGCAGUAGCAGAAGGUGCAAAGAAUGUAAUGAAAUUACUUGGCUCAGGAAAAGUAACAGACAGAAAAGCACUUUCAGAAGCUCAAGCAAGAUUUAAUGAAUCAAGUCAGAAGUUGGACCUUUUAAAGUAUUCAUUAGAGCAAAGACUAAAUGAACUUCCCAAGAAUCAUCCCAAAAGCAGUAUUAUUAUUGAGGAGCUUUCACUUGUUGCAUCACCAACACUAAGUCCACGUCAAAGUAUGAUAUCUACACAAAACCAAUAUAGUACACUUUCUAAACCAGCAGCAUUAACAGGUACUUUGGAAGUUCGUCUUAUGGGCUGCCAAGAUAUCCUAGAGAAUGUCCCUGGACGGUCAAAAGCAACAUCGGUUGCACUACCUGGUUGGAGUCCAAGUGAAACCAGAUCAUCUUUCAUGAGCAGAACGAGUAAAAGUAAAAGCGGAAGUAGUCGAAAUCUUCUAAAAACCGAUGACUUGUCCAAUGAUGUCUGUGCUGUUUUGAAGCUAGAUAAUACUGUAGUUGGUCAAACUAGCUGGAAACCCAUUUCCAAUCAGUCGUGGGACCAGAAGUUUACACUGGAGCUAGACAGGUCACGUGAACUGGAAAUUUCAGUUUAUUGGCGUGAUUGGCGAUCUCUGUGUGCUGUAAAAUUUCUGAGGUUAGAAGAUUUUUUAGACAACCAACGGCAUGGCAUGUGUCUCUAUUUGGAACCACAGGGUACUUUAUUUGCAGAGGUCACCUUUUUUAAUCCAGUUAUUGAAAGAAGACCAAAACUUCAAAGACAAAAGAAAAUUUUUUCAAAACAACAAGGCAAAACAUUUCUCAGAGCUCCUCAAAUGAAUAUUAAUAUUGCCACUUGGGGAAGACUAGUAAGAAGAGCUAUUCCUACAGUAAAUCAUUCUGGCACCUUCAGCCCUCAAGCUCCUGUGCCUACUACAGUGCCAGUGGUUGACAUGCGCAUACCUGAACUAGCACCUCCAGCGAGCGAUUCUACAGUAACUAAAUUGGACUUUGAUCUUGAGCCUGAACCUCCUCCGGCCCCACCACGUGCUUCUUCACUGGGAGAAAUAGAUGGCUCUUCUGAAUUAAGGGUUUUGGAUACACCAGGACAGGAUUCAGAAACUGUUUUUGAUAUUGAGAAUGACAGAAAUAGUAUACUUCCAAAAUCUCAAUCUGAAUAUGAGCCUGAUAUUCCUCAAUCAGGCUUAGAAUAUAGUGGUAUUCGAGAGCUUGAGGAUAGAAGGUCUCAGCAGAGGUUUCAGUUUAAUCUACAAGACUUCAGAUGUUGUGCUGUCUUGGGAAGAGGACAUUUUGGAAAGGUGCUGUUGGCUGAAUAUAAACACACAAAUGAGAUGUUUGCUAUUAAAGCCUUAAAGAAAGGAGACAUUGUAGCUCGAGACGAAGUAGACAGCCUAAUGUGUGAAAAAAGAAUUUUUGAAACUGUGAAUAGUGUAAGGCAUCCCUUUCUGGUGAACCUUUUUGCAUGUUUCCAAACCAAAGAGCACGUCUGCUUUGUAAUGGAGUACGCUGCUGGCGGAGACCUGAUGAUGCACAUCCACACUGACGUCUUUUCUGAGCCGAGAGCUGUGUGAGUAUGCCUCGGUGCUCGACUGAGUGUUUCCAUGACUGGUGUCUUUCUGAGAGAUGAAGGGGCCCUCUGACGUUUAGGGUUUUUUUCCUAAUAAAAAAUAGGUCCCUGUAAGAAAUAUUAUGAUAUAAUUUACCUUUUUGGCAAAUGUUUGUUUGUUUAUUUAUUUUCUCUAAUGUUCGUGUUGAAAAUGCCGUGGAUUAUCCUAAAUCGCACUUGAUGAUUUAGAUGAAUAUAGUUUUAUUUAGUGUAAUUUCUUCUUUUUUUCCCUGAAGAAGGCUUAUAGGAUUAUGGCUUUCAAGACAAAUUAUACUCAAUACAUUGCUAAGUGGGAAAAAGUACAGAAGAGUCUAUACUUGUAUUUAUCUAAAAUAUUUUUAUUUGUAUUUCUAAAAGGUUAUUUAAACAAAUAUAUGUCAAAUAUUUGCUUGCUUGUGCUUAUAUCUCUGAAAGAAUAUGAAAGAAACUGAUCUACAUAUCACCUUUAAAGAAAGGGUUAGGAAGCAGACUUUUGAC